CGUUCGUUAACGACGGCCAUACGACACAAUUCGUCAUGUUUUACGACGCUUUCGCUAAAUUUUCUUAGCAAAUCACUUUUAUAUCGGUACCUAAUUAGUUAUAGUAAGUGGCCUAAACUGCAACCAUCAUCAUGAACAAUUACAACGCCUACAGCGAUGAAGGAGAGAACUCUGGAAGUCAGGGAAACAAAACCAGUUCCAAAGCCAGCAACGUAUUACCUCUUUGGGGCAACGAACGCACGAUGAAUCUAAACAAUCUCAUCCUCACCAAUAUACAAAGUUCACAUUAUUUCAAGGUCAAUCUGUACGAGUUGAAAACAUACCAUGAAGUUGUCGACGAAAUCUACUACAAGGUCCAGCACCUAGAGCCAUGGGAGAAGGGUUCAAGACGGACAUCGGGCCAGACGGGAAUGUGCGGAGGAGUUCGUGGUGUUGGCGCCGGAGGGAUUGUCUCCACCGCCUAUUGCUUGCUAUAUAAAUUGUUUACGCUGAAGUUAACACGCAAGCAACUCAAUGGUUUGAUCACACACUGUGAUUCGCCCUACAUUAGGGCACUCGGGUUUAUGUAUAUAAGAUAUGUACUGCCACCAGCGAGUUUGGCGGAUUGGUACGAACCGUAUCUUGACGAUGAAGAGGAAAUGGAUGUGAAGGCGGGCGGUGGGCAGGUGAUGAAACUUGGCAUGAUUCUCAGGCAGUGGAUGGUCAAAUUGGAGUGGUUUUCGACUCUGUUUCCUCGCAUUCCUGUGCCGAUUCAGCAGAAAAUUCAACAAGUUCUUGGAGAACGAUUUCCCAUUCAGGCCGUUCAAGUGGCGAAUCAACGAGACCGAGAGGACCGUAUAAAUCGACAAGAACGACCUGAACGCUUUGAUCGAGUCGAUCGUCAAGAGAGAAACCGUUUUGAUGAUCGACGCAGAGAUUCAGUCGAUGAUCGAGGACGCCGUGAUGCCUACAGAAAAUCAGAAGAUGGUAUCUCCAAGGACCGACGCGAGAAAGACGAUUUUCGCGAACGCAGAUAUCGCGACCGGAGCCCAAUCAGGGAACGGGAACGCGAGCGCGAUUAUCAUAGGGAUCGUGACCGCGAGAGGGAUCGCCACGAUCGACACGGAAAGGACCGUGACCGAGAACACAGACACAAACGACAUCGUUGAUAUUUUCUUGUUGAAAAGAUUUCAGUUUUCUAUUUUCGAGACAUUCUGGACGGUAUGAUUAUAUAUAUAUAUGAUUAAUGUUUAAUACAAAGCACUUAAGACGUACCAGGGCUUAAACCCAGGGUCCUAGCCGAUAGAUAAUUUAGGAGAUGUUACGAUUUGACACUUUUGUAUUUGUUUAACAUAAUAACUUAACAUGUACAUUGAGAAGGACGAA